AUCCUGAAUCUCACACUGGAGAUUAUCUAUCUGCUGACUGGAGAGGGCUACGUCAUCCCUAAGAAGAAGAGCCCAACUGUGGGUUUGGGGGCCCUGCAUGCCCCUGGCUCCGUCAUACAGAAGGAAAAUGACAAGAAGAUCCUGGAACUCAUCUCCAACAUCAUCCAGCUGCUGACUGGAGAGGUUGCCAUAAGGUGUGAGGAUGUUUCCAUCUAUUUUUCCUUGGAGGAGUGGGAGUAUAUAAAAGGAAACAAGGCCCUUUACAGGGAAGGGAUAAAGGAGGAAGAGGAGGAGCCCCAGCAGCUCCGCCCACUGGACGGUGAAUAUGAAGAUAAGAGAGAGAUUCCAGCUGAUCUGGGAGGAACAUUAUGUUAUAAUAAUGAGCCAAGCAAGAUUGGGGCUGAAGGGGCAGAUUUUUGUGCCGACAGAAAUCUCACAAACCCUGAAAUUUCUCCAGCGGAACAGCCCCCACUGGCCAAUGGGAUUAAAGAGGAGGCGGCUUCAUGGGAAGAGGGAAACCAAUCAGAUUGCAGCAUUAUUCCCCUUACAGAACAGAGACAAGGAACAGACACACCUACUCCUAUCAUGGCACACACUUUCAAUAAAAGCUCAGACGUUAAUCACAAUAGGUUUGAUAAAAACAUACAUACAAACGCCCUACAUGCGGCCCACCUUGCCAAACAUCCCACCCAGGGGACCUAUAACUGCCCUACCUGCCAUAAACCUUUCACUAAAAGCUAUGAUUUUAUCAGGCACCUGAGAACUCACACAGGGGUGAAACCCUUUUCGUGCUCGGAAUGUGGCAAAUCUUUUACCCGGCGCUUUAACCUGAAUGUACAUCGUAGAACUCACUCUGGGAAUAUCCCACAGGGCCAACAGCAAACAGCAGCCGAUAGUGUUAAAGGUGCAACAGCUUUGCAUGAUGGAGGAAACCAAUCAGGUUGCAGUUUGAAUUCAUUUAUGAAACAGACAUGGGGAACAGACACACCUACCCCUGUCAUGGGAAGCAGCUUGGGUAACAGCUCGGCAGAUAAUUCUAUAUCUUCUGGAAUGCGAGGCAGUGCACCGGCUUUAUGGAAAGAGGGAAACCAAUCAGAUUGCAGCAUUAAUCCCCUUACAGAACAGAUACAGGGAACAGACACCCCUACUCCUAUUAUGGGGUGCAGCCUGAGUAACAGCUCGGCCGAAACAAAGACUUAUGAAUGUGAUAAAAACAUUAACAGUAAUGGAUCACAUGAAUCUCCCGUAAAAAAUUUAAAAAGUACUAGCGAUGAGUGUCAUUUUGCUUUUACCAAUAGGAGGGACCUCGUUAGGCAUGAAAGAACCCACACAGGGGAGAAACCAUUUCCUUGUCCUGUAUGUGGGAAAUGUUUUGCCCGUUGCUCAGAUCUUAAUGUCCACAAGGGAGUUCACUCAGGAGAGAAGCCAUUUUGUUGUUCUGACUGUGGGAAAUGUUUCACACACCGCGCAAACCUUGCUGCGCACGUAAAGACUCACACGGAUCUGAAACCGUUUUCUUGUGAUAAAUGCGGCAAAUGUUUCAAACGCCGGUCGCACCUUAAAGGGCAUCAGAUAGUUCACACAGGGGAGAAGCCCUUUUCUUGCUCCGAAUGUGGGAAAUCCUUUGCAAAGCGCUCAAACUUUACCGCACAUUGCAGUACUCACACAGACGGGAAAACGUUUACCUGCUCCGACUGUGGGAAAGGUUUCAAGUAUCGAGCUGAUUUUAAAGUCCAUCAGAGGCUGCACCUAGGGGAGAAUCCAUUUCCCUGUUCUGAAUGCGGCAAAUCUUUUACACGUCGCUCGCACCUCAUUGUGCACUUGAAAACUCACACAGGGGAGAAACCCUUUACUUGCCCCGAAUGUGGGAAAAGUUUUACCCAACGCUCAGACAUGAACAUCCAUCGUAGGCUUCACACAGGGGAGAGGCCGUUUCCCUGCCCCGAAUGUGGGAAAUGUUUUUCGCAGUUCUCCUACCUUAAUGUACAUCGUAGAACUCACACGGGAGAGAGACCCUUUUCCUGUGAUGAAUGUGGGAAAUGUUUUAAACAGCGCACACACCUGAAUGUACACAGGAAGAUUCAUCUGUAAGAAAAGAUUUGCUAUACGGCUGGUAUACAGUAGUCUUGCUCAGUGUCUGUGCAGACAGAAGAACCUGCGCAAAAGUGCUAAGAACCAAUUGAAAGGCAGGAAGCUGCAUCUGCAGACAUGAAGCUAAAGCUGGCAGUACAACGAGAGAUUUGCUCAUAAGUUGCCAACCAGUUGGAGCUUUGCCUGGUUUUGGCACCAUUGUAUGGGGGUUAAUUUGGACUGAUACAGUCGUUUGGCCACUGGGCCUAUUGUAGGAUCCUAAUAUCGGCUUAUGCAUAUCCAUUAGACAAGGGCCGCAUCAGCCUGAUAGCUUGGGAGGCCCCAUACAUGGCAAUAAUCUGCUGUCUUGGUCUAGAGAUGGGCCAGCAGCUUAUAUUGGCCCAUGUAUGGCCUUUAGAAAGAAAAGAAAAUCAUGAAAACUCUCCAUUCACCCUUAAUGUCUGAUAAAACUUGCUAGUAAGUAGCCUUGCAGUGCAGACUAGCUUGCUAGGAAUAUCCAAGGGGCAAAAAAGCACAAGUAAUUAUAGAGCCACAUUGCACCAUUCUAAUUAAAAUUAGGCUCCCUCGAGGGACGUCCUCAGUCCUCUAUAGGAGAAAGAAAAGAUUUAGGGAUUAACCUGUCCUAACAGGAAAGACUUGAAUUUGGCCAAACCAAGGUGCCAGCUAAUUGGCCUGUGUAUUGGGCCCUGAAGAAGACCCGUUCGACUAAUGUCAAGGCAGAUAUCAGUUGGGCAGGUUCGAAAAUCAACACCCCGAUGGAGUCGUCUUCUGACAUUAAAGCCCCACUGACACUAAUACUUCUACAAACUGCAUAUAUAGGAGGCAUUCACUGGAGAGGGAUUGCUCAUUGUCACCUACACGGAAAUGGGCAGAGUAAGAACCAACCAAUCAGAGCAUUUGGAUGUUCAUGGCUCAAAGAAAAAAUACAAUGAUGUAUAUGAUGAAAAUGAAACUCGUUAUACAUGAUGUUUGCCAGUUAGGGACAGGUCUGAAUGAUGGUAUUAUUUCUAUGUACGUUAUACUGUAUAUAAAUAUAUCUAUAUACCCGCACUCCUUGGUCACCAACAUCUCGAGAGAAGGAAUCAAAAGGAUUGGCUGAUAUUUUUGUAUUUUUCCAAGCUGACGACCUAAGAUUGUGCAAUGAUUUGAGUUCUUCACAGGAUGAAUUGUAAAGGCAAUCUUAUUAUCUUGGUUGGAAUAAGUUAUUUUAGACUUUCCUAAUGUCCAUGUAUAUGUUUUUGUUUUUUUAGAGUUGGUUGCCAGGUUUAUCGAUCAUGAACUAAGCCAUUAAGGAGGCAUUAGGCAUUAAUAAGGCAGUUUUAGCACAGUGAUCCCCAACCAGUGGCUCGUGAAUAACAUGUUGCUCCCCAACCCCUUGGAUUUUGCUUCAGUGGCCUCAAACCAGAUGCUUAUUUUUAAUUCCUGGCUCGAAGGCAAGUUUCUGUUGCAUAAAACCAGGGGUACUGCCAAUCAGAGCCUCCUGUUGGCUGACAGUCACAUAGGGGCUACUAAAUAGCCACUCACAGCUCUUAUUUGGCACCCCCAUGAAGCUUUUUAAUGCUUGUUACUCCCCAACUCUUAUUACAUUUGAAUGUGACUAACAGGUAAAUAGGUUGGGGAUCCCUGUGUUCGCACCAUAUGGUUGGGAUGGACAUUGAUGAUGCUAUGCAUGGUGUGGAUUAAACAUAAUUAUGAUUGGGAAACCAUUGAAGCACUUGCCUGGCAGCUGGACUCAAUCAGCCCUACAUGAACCAAGCAGAUAGGGGUCAGGGCUUCCUACCCUUUGCAGCGGGAGCCAACUGUAAAUGAGCCCCCGGGCGAGUAAGUGUGAUGUCACUGCUAUGCAGCAUCUAUGUACAAUUCCAAUUGGCUUUACACCAGUGGUGGCCAAUACGUCGAUCACGGCCCACCUGUCAAUCCCGAGUGGAUUUCUGGUGGACCGCGAUGAAGCUGGGGAAGUGGAAGGGCUACGUGAAUGCCUAUGUACACAUUCACGCCGCACUUACACUUUCCUUGGUCAUCGGUCGAUCGCCGAUGAGAAAGGUCCGGCCACCCCUGCUUUACACCAUAUGACCCCUUUAAUCCCCAGGCAAAUGGGUGCACCCUGUUUACUACACCUACAGAUCAUGGGUAAGAUUGGCGACUACUCAAGAAAUGUUCUAUGUAUUUUAUUCCAAUGCAAUCAGACUGCACUUAGUAGAGCCCCGUAACUUGCAUGUAUUAGAGGUGUCUCCUGGUGAGGUUACCAGUUAGAGAUUUCUUCAAUUUCAAUGGCAGCUUGAUCAGAAGAGUCAGCUGGGAAUGUCUGCUUUCCACAGGUCAACUGGGAAUGUCUGCUUUCCACAGGUAUAAAGGAUGUGUAUCCCCACGUCCCAGUAGCAGUAGAACACCAUCAAUUACCUGUAACUUGGAGUUGGUUAGACCGUUUCAGGCUCUGCCAUUACUAUGAUUACAGGGAUUUCUACCUGGCACCGCCUAGAUGUCAUUCUUCUACCUGCCGGGUCUCCAGAGACCAUCAUUGCCCUUGGAGAGAUACGAGUCAGUUACAGCCAACCCAGUCUGGUGUAGUUGUCAGAAAGCACAGAAAUAAGAUAUGCAUUAAACAGGUGCACUUUUACGAGUAAUUAUAUAGCCGCCUCCUAUCAGAGUGGUGACUGUGGGCAGGGACUGGCUGAUAUCACAGGUCUGCAGAGAGCAGGACCCAUCCCUGACCUGCAAACAGGGUCGGACUAAAG